GAGCGAAAGACAGAGCAGGAAAGAGCAAGCAGGGGAAGAGCCGCCGCUGCCGUGUUGUGUUAUAGGCGUACGUUUUAAUCGCAAAGUGCGAGCUGCUCUCACACAGUCAGCACGCGCUGUUGCUUCUGUUUCAUUAUUAAGUCUGUCCGGGUGCAGAAAGGCUAGAAAUCCCCAUAUGAGGAUUUGUUGUUACAGUUUUCAGCUGCUCCUGUUUGGAGCGAAAUCGUGCGUCACGCUUUCGGCGUUUCUUGGCUUUAUUUCCACUUGGACUUUCAUGACACGGCUCGGCUAGACUUCAUCGCCAAAAACCAUGAGAGCUCAAAUAGAGGUAAUUCCCUGUAAAAUCUGUGGGGACAAAUCAUCUGGGAUUCACUAUGGUGUCAUCACCUGUGAAGGCUGCAAGGGGUUUUUUCGACGCAGCCAGCAGAACAAUGCUAUGUACUCCUGCUCUCGACAGAGGAACUGCCUAAUUGAUCGGACCAACCGCAAUCGUUGUCAGCACUGCAGGCUGCAGAAGUGUCUCGCUCUGGGCAUGAGCCGAGAUGCUGUGAAGUUUGGCCGGAUGUCCAAAAAGCAGCGUGACAGCCUGUACGCAGAGGUUCAGAAACACCAGCAGUCCCAGGAGUGCGCAGGGGUCGGUGUCCACGAGGACAGCGGUGACUUGGCUGACCUCGGCCGCACUUACAGAAGAGGCUCCAGUGCCACUCUCAGCGAUCUGGAUGACAUUGCCACGCUGCCAGAGGGCCUGCUUUUUGACCUGCCACUGACCCCAGAGGAUGCAGGUGGAGAGUACUGCAACCUGGACAUACUGGGUGGAAGUGCAGGCAGCAGCUCUUCUUCUCAGAGUUCACCAGAACAGACCAACUUGGACUUUGUUGACGGCAACAACAGCAUAAAGCAUGAGUACCAGCUGUUGCACGAUUCUGGACUUUUUUCACAUGCUAUCCUUAAUCCAGUGCCCGAGAGCUGCUCCAUGCUGGAGAUAGAGCGUAUAACCCAGAGUGUGGUAAAGUCCCAUAUUGAAACAAGCCAGUACAACCCAGACGAGCUGAAGAGAAUGGCCUGGACAUUGUACAGUCCAGAAGAGACACGUGCGCACCAGAUGAAGUCUGCUGAGGUAAUGUGGCAACAGUGUGCCAUUCACAUCACCAACGCAAUCCAGUAUGUCGUCGAGUUUGCCAAGCGCAUCUCUGGCUUCAUGGACCUCUGUCAGAAUGAUCAGAUUAUCCUACUCAAAGCAGGCUGCAUGGAUGUUCUUCUGAUCCGUAUGUGUCGGGCCUAUAACCCCAUCAAUAAUACAUUGCUCUUUGAUGGAAAGUUUGCCAUGCCUCAACUUUUCAAAGCUCUUGGCUGUGACGACCUUGUGAAUGCAGUGUUUGACUUUGCCAAAAGUAUGAGCCGUAUCCAGAUGUCAGAGGAAGAGAUGGCGCUCUUCAGCGCUGCUGUGUUGCUUUCACCAGAUCGAAUCUGGCUGACAGAUGUCCAGAAGAUCCAGAAGUUGCAGGACAAAGUUUACGUGGCUCUGCAGCGCUGCCUACAAAAAGACACAUCAGAGGAGAAACUAGCCAAGAUGGUGGCUAAGCUUCCCCUAAUGAGGUCCAUUUGCAACCUUCACAUCGACAAGCUGGAGUUUUUCCGUCUGGUUCAUCCUGAAACAGCGUAUACGUUUCCUCCACUGUACAGAGAGGUGUUUGGGAGUGAAAUUACCUUCCCAGACUCCACAGAGGGCUAGAGCUGAUUGGCUGUUUUGCAAGAUUAAAAUAGUGACUUUGAGGUGUAGUUAGAGGAUGAAAAAAAAAAAAUGUGGCAACCAGUUGAAACUAAACCAACCAGCAGCUUCAUGACAAUCCUGCACGCUACACUUUAGCAUACACUCCUCUCACCUCCGAACUCCCAAUCCUGUGGAGUAGCUUUCACUGCCGUGCAAGUCAGUCCUUUCAACUUAAACUGCAGGAUCUGCUGCCAGGCAAUCAGCGCAUCUAACUUGCUUUUUAGGGAGGUUAAAAAAAAAAAAAGCAAACAAAACAACUUAAGUGUAGCCUAUUGCAUUUUUAUUUUCAAAAAAAUAUUUUUCUAUCAGAACAUCUUA